GAUGGAUCACAUCCGGGGCUUGACUGCGCGCCUGGUAGCGGUGUUAGCAUGCUAGUCAGCGGCAACUGCCUCGGGAAGUGAGUGUAUUAGCGAUGGGGCGCAAAAAGCCGUUUCAGACCGAGAGACACACCGGCAGGGGCAAAGACAAGCGGCACCGGAUGAAGGGGAAGGGGCUGGGAGCUUUCCCUGAGGAACUGCAGGACAGGGCGGAAGGCGGUGAAGGUGCAGAGGUCAAUGACGGAGCGUCGGAGUGUGUGAAGUUGCCGUGUCCUCUGGCCAUGUGGGAACUGGGUCACUGCGACCCGAAGCGCUGCACCGGACGCAAGCUGGCACGGAAAGGCCUGGUGCGCUGCCUGCGCCUGAACCAGCGCUUCAGCGGCCUGGUCCUCAGCCCCAUGGCCACCAGAUACGUCACACCUGCCGACAGGGAGACGGUCGCGGCUUGUGGAGUCGCGGUGAUUGACUGCUCGUGGGCGAGGCUGGAGGACACGCCCUUCAGCAAGAUGAUCGGCUCCCACCCGCGGCUGCUGCCGUAUUUGGUAGCGGCGAAUCCGGUGAACUACGGCAAGCCGUGUAAGCUGAGCUGCGUGGAGGCGUACGCUGCCACCCUCUGCAUCGUAGGUCUCCGAGAUCUCGCUGAGCUCCUGCUGAAGAAGUUUAAAUGGGGUUUGGGGUUUCUCGAGCUCAAUAAGACCCUGCUGGAGCGCUACGCCACCUGCAGGUCGGAGGAGGAACUGCUCACGGUGGAGAAGGAGUAUUUCACCGCCCCGCCCCCUGAGGAGGAGGAGCUCGAUCCUUUCGAUGUGGAUUCAGGGAGGGAGUGUAUGAACCUCAACAGGCCACUCAGGCUGGAGGAGGAAGUGACUGAAAGCGAAGAGGAAGAAACGUCCGAGGAGGAAGAUGAUGAUGAGGUGGAGAUAAAGGAGAAGGAGAACGUCGAAGAGGAAGGAAGUGAAGAUGAAAAGAAGACGUGACGAAUGAGGGAGGAAAAAAAAAACGUGUUGGUCCAAAGUGUAUGAGGACAUUACUGCCAGCUUCUUCACACACACACACACACACACACACACACACGGUCAUGUGAUUAUUUUAUGUUUCUGAAUAAAUAUCUGUCCUGGAA